UAUCUUAUAUCUUUCAGUUGUUCAAACAACAACAACAAUUACAGAAUAUAUAACAAAUACAGGAAGACAUACAAAAAAAAUAAAAUUAAAUAGAACCAAUAGGAAAAGGAAAAAAUUUCAAUAAAAACAUUUUUAAAGAGUCACGUUAAAAUAACAAGAAACAAGUGCAAUUAAAUCUACCAAAAAAUGUAGAUUUUAUAAAAAGAAAAUACUCCAAAAGAACAAACAAUAAAGAUAUUAAAAUUUUUUGGCCGAAAAAAAAAAACAAAAAGAACAAUUAUCUAUCUUUUAAGAUAAUUAACAGCAGCAGUCAGUUGAUUUUUGGAACUUGAGAAAAGUUACAAUUAACAUAAGUUGGCGAAAAAGUAAAAAACAAAAGACAAUUUUCUUUGUUAUAGAAAUGGCCUCCACUAUGCAAUUGGAAUUUUCGCAGGCCAUGUCGGAUUUCAAGACCAUGUUUCCCGACAUGGACCGAGAUGUCAUAGAGGCAGUUUUAAGAGCCAAUCAGGGGGCAGUAGAUGCCACCAUUGAUCAACUGUUGCAAAUGUCCACAGAUAAUCAGAACGAAAAACUACGCAAUGAAUUGGAUGGCAAUAUUUCACCCCAAAAGAGUCUGAUUAAUUUGAGUGACAACAGUGUGCCAGAUCUAAAAGCCAAACAACAACAACAGCCUGCUACUGCUCAACUUAUAGAUGUUUCGGAGGAAUUGGACAGUAAGGGACAAGCGGCCAGCGGAGAAAAAUCCGUGCCCAUGGCUUCGGUGUUAUUAAAUCUCAAUACCAGUUCUCCCAAUCACAGUACCGGGGCAUCACCUAAAGUCAGACCACCUCAAUUACAGAAUAAAUCUUCUACUCAAGGCGGCAGUACACCUAAAAGAAAUGCACGCUUACAUCAUAGUGUCAACAAACGUUGGAAUCCUCCCAUGCUAUUACCCUUACCCGCUGGAUUUCUACGCUUAAAUCCUGUCAACACCGGCAGCAAUACCAUUGCUUUGCCUUAUGAUCCUAAUCGUGAUUUCGAUUUACCCGAUGAACAAUUUGCCAUGAUGCUGCAAAAUGAAGAGUUUAUGAAUCAAUUACGUUGGAAUCAAGAGUUUAUGAAUGCUCUGGAAAAAGAACAAUCGUCUAAGGGUAAGGGAGGCGAAGGUGAUGCUGACUUUAAGGAACGUCUUAAGCAUAUGGGUAAAGUGUCACGUAAGAAAUUCUUACAAAUGGCUCGUGUUUUCACCUGGCAACGGAAUAAAAAGACAACUACAGCUAAGCAGAUAGAUUCAUUGCCUCUCAAAGAAGAACCCAGUGAUGAUGAAGAUCAUCAUCAUCAAAGUAGAACUGCUAAUUCUGAAUCUCAUUCGCAUACACAAAGUCAACAACGCAAGUAAGUUUUAUUAGUGAUUUAUUAUUAGCAAUCAUAAACAGGUAUGGAAAAUUGAUAUUUUGUUAUAGUAGGAAGUUGUUUAUUUCAAAAAAAGUAGUUAUAUACUUUUUGUUUGUUUGACUAAUAUAUUGACUGGUCUGUUGAAUAAUCUCUUGUUUAGGCUAUAAACUCGUCAAAGUAAUUGGCUAAAGACUAGUGUAUUCAAUUGGAUAUAGACUAAUCUAUUGACGAGGCUAUAGUCUUAUCUAUAGACUUUUUUAAUCUUUCGAUUAGUCUAUCAUAAAGGCUAUUUGUUUGACUAGUCCAUUGAAUAGGCUAUAAUCAAGUCUAUUAAAAAAACUAUAGAUUAGUCUGUGGACAAGUUAAUAACUAGCUAAUGGACUUAUCUAGUAACAAAUUUAUUCACUAGUCUAUGGUCUAAUGUAUAGAUUAGUCUAUGGGUUUGGCUCCUGACUAGUCUAUUGAGUUGUAUAUGGAUAACUCGAGUUGUAUAUGGAUAACUAGUCUAUGGACAAGUCUAUCCACUAGUCUAUGGACAAGCUUAUCGACUAGUCUAUCGACUAGUCUAUGGACAAGUCU